GCUGUGUAUCGGAACCAACGAUACCUUUAACAACAAGAUGGAAUAAUUGCGAAUAUUUUGUGAAAUAAUUUCAAUGACGACGUUUUAUUCACUCUUGACAAGCUAUUCAAUGAAACCGUUUGUUUAAAUGCAAGUUCUUAGGACUAGAAGGUAGUUGGCAGAACAUCAACAAUGCAUCUCUCUCCUACGAACGGAGAUUUUACCUUCGUCUCAUCAACAGAAGCCGAGGAUCUAAGCGGGACUAUUGAUGCCCCAGAUGUUAAAUUGAAUAUCGGAGGCUACAAUGCAAAAGACCCAUAUGCUACCACGUUCUUAAGGAAACGAGGUUAUGGCUGGCUACUGGAAGUAGAAGAGGAUGACCCUGAAGACAACAAACCUCUUUUGGAGGAGCUGGACAUCGAUCUGAAAGACAUCUACUACAAGAUCCGCUGUGUGCUGAUGCCAAUGCCCUCAUUGGGCUUCAACCGACAAGUUGUAAGGGACAACCCUGAUUUCUGGGGUCCUCUGGCUGUAGUGCUUCUGUUCUCCAUGAUCUCCAUCUACGGACAAUUCAGGGUCGUGUCUUGGAUAAUUACCAUUUGGAUAUUCGGAUCUUUAACAAUCUUUCUGCUGGCUCGUGUUCUUGGCGGUGAGGUGUCUUAUGGACAAGUCCUUGGAGUUAUUGGAUACUCUCUACUUCCACUUAUCGUUAUAGCACCUUUGCUUUUGGUCAUUGGGGGUUUUGAUGCUGUUUCUACACUCAUAAAGCUUUUUGGAGUUUUCUGGGCUGCUUACAGUGCUGCUUCUCUGCUUGUUGGGGAUGAAUUCAAAACCAAGAAGCCUCUUCUCAUAUACCCUAUUUUCCUUUUGUACAUCUACUUUCUGUCACUAUAUACCGGUGUCUGAUUGGACAAAUGGCUACUAUUGAACUUUGAUUGGACACUGACACAAAGUUCCCUGAAAGACACAAGGAUUCAUUCCACAAUGAAAAGGAGCAUUAAUUAUGUUUUAAAGGUGAUCGUCUCCCUCUUCUUUAACCUUGUUUAUUGUCCUAGACUGUUGAAAUACAAGGGUGUAUCCUGAAACAGCAUAUUUAAAUGUACGCCUUCCUCUGUGAUCAAUAAAAAGCAGAAGUUGGUAUAUUCUAAGGCUAAUUUCUGUUCAGACUUGUAAUUAGAUGCCAGGUUUGCAUUCAAAUUAUAUAAUAGACUUAUUAUUUUAAUCAAGGUGUGAAAUCUGAUUUCAGGAAUAGUGGGUUGGUCACAAACAUGCCAGUCAUAGAUUGUUUUGCUUUUACUCCAUAGAGGAAGGUGGUGUCAAAUGCAGUGCAAAUAUGUCAAAUUCUAACUAAGGGGUUAAGACAUUAUCUCCUAGCUGAAGUUUCCCAAUUUUUUGUAAGCGAGUGUGUUAAGCAUACUGUUUAUUAUUCACAGUAUACAGUGAUUAGUUGUCAUUUUAUGAUCUUUUUACAAACCUUUAUUUCUUAACUUAUGGACUUCAGCUGGGGUAGGCAAGUAGAUGGGCAGUUUGUGUGAAAUAAAACAUUCUACUA